CCCACCUGCCAGAAUUGCACCACCUCAACCACGCCGCUCUGGCGGCGUGACGAAAUUGGUUCUGUUUUGUGUAAUGCCUGUGGCCUCUUCCUCAAACUGCACGGUCGUCCAAGGCCGAUAAGCCUGAAGACAGAUGUUAUUAAGAGUCGCAACCGCGUCAAAAGUAGUUCUGGCGCAGGACAAGCUACGAAGAAGAAGCUCUUCGACAACAAUGGGAUAUCUUUCGAACCCGCGCGAUCGCAGGCUGGCACUCCUCCUGGCCAUCGUCGCACGUCUCAAAAAUCUGCGAAUGGUCACUCUGAUGGCUCGAACUCCCCUAUCUCGAGAACUGCGACCCCAUCGAUGUAUCCAAAUCACCUCGGGACCUUCAGCGCCCACAACGGCCACAGCAUCGAAGACCCCUACAACAAUCAUCAAUCACCCUCCCUUCCUCCCAUGCACAUCCGCCAGCCAUCACCAGGUCGCUCUGCUUCGCCAUUAAAUGGUGGACAACUUGAGCCGCCUCAGACACAUGAGCAACUUAUCGCGUCGAACGCCGCACUCAAGACUCGGGUUAGCGAGCUGGAGGUCAUCAAUGGGUUUUUCGAGGGUCGAGUCACUCAGCUGGAGCAAGAUGAAGCGAAUGCUAGGAGAGGCGAAGAGAUGCGCCGCGAGGGUGAAUUCGGCGCGUUGCAGCGACUCGAGGAGUCACAACGACGCGAGAAUCAGCUCAAACGUCGUCUCGACGAUGUAGAGCGCGAAUUGAACGAACGAACUCGGGAGCUCAAUGACCUACGCGAGGGAGGACCACCUGCAAAGAAGAUGCGUGUCGCGGAUAUGGUUGGUGAUAGCGAGUCGUCUACUCCUCAAUCCGUUACCUAG